CACACAUUUAUCCCUUCGGUAUUAUACAAGACGCCCUGCCAGCCUUGAAACAUCCUACAAAAGGCAAAGCGAAGUAUUCGUCGAUUUUAAUACCCUAAUCACUCAAACGUCCGCAAAAAUGCCCGUCUUUCAAGAAACCUCCUACAAUGAUCGCGACCUUCGAGUAAAUCCAACAAAGGAACCGCCUUUGCCAAGGUUGACUUCACGACCACCAUUAGCCACCGGUGGUGAAGAUGAAAAGUAUGAAGUUAUCAUAAUUGGUGCCGGUCCUGCGGGAAUGAUGUGCACAUUGAUGCUCGCUCGUUACGGGCUUGGAGAUACCAUUGUAUGCUUUGAUGCCAAACCUGAAACGCUGAAAGCUGGCCAGGCUGAUGGUCUUCAGCCUCGCACGUUGGAAGUACUGAAAAGCCUGGACGUUGUUGAUGAGAUCCUCAACCAUGGAUGCCAUAUGUCUGAGGUCGCUUUUUGGAACCCCAAAAGAAACACAUCGCCUCAUGAUGCUCCCGGAAUUGAGCGUACAUCUUUUGCACCCGACGUGGCGGUGGCAGCGAGAUAUAAGCAUGAGGUUACCAUACACCAGGGCCGGAUCGAACGAAUCCUCGAAAGCAAUCUCAACCACUAUGCACCGGACUGCAUUCAUAGAAACGCCCGAUUCAUAGAUUUUCAGAUGGACGAAGUAGGCGAUACUGAGUUUCCUGUCAAGGUGGAGAUCGAGCUUGAAGAUGUUGUUGGUGCCAAGACACGCAAGACUGCACGCGCCAAAUAUCUCGUUGGUGCUGACGGUGCACAUUCCGUAGUUCGACGGCGGAUGGGGCUAGAUCUUGUUGGUGAAACAACGGACCACAUCUGGGGUGUUGUUGACUUCGUGGUGGAGACAGAUUUCCCAGAUAUACGGAAGCGCUGCGCUAUUCACUCCGAUGCUGGUUCUGUCAUGAUCAUACCUCGUGAGCGUAUUCAAGGUGGGGAAUAUUUGACACGUCUCUAUGUACAGACAACAGAAGAAGUCUCUGUUGAAUCCUUAGACCAAAAUGUCGAGGGAGAAAAGCAAAUGUCAAAAAUGCGGAGAGGCAGGAUCACUCUUGAUUCUAUUCUGAGACAAGCUCAGCGUGUCUUUGAGCCCUAUGAAAUAGGUGUCAAGGAUGGAACUCAGGUUGAUUGGUGGGCUGCAUAUCAGAUUGGACAGCGCAUGACAUCCAAGUUCUCUCUCAAGGAUAGCAACGGUCAACCAAGAAUAUUUAUCGUCGGAGACGCUUGCCAUACGCAUAGCCCAAAGGCUGGCCAAGGUAUGAACGUUUCCAUGAUGGAUUCGUACAACCUUUCCUGGAAGUUGGCCCAUGAAAUUCAUGGGCUAAGUCCCAAAACAGCUGGCCCAACCAUCCUCUCCACAUAUGAGGACGAGCGAUUCGAGAUUGCAAAAAUGCUUAUAGAGUUUGACACCAAGUUCUCAUCCAUGUUUUCAGGAAAAGUUAACUCGGAUAAAAACGUCGAGGGACUGACGCAUGAUCAAUUUCUAAAGGUCUUCAGAGACGGUAAUGGCUUUACCAGUGGGUGUGGCAUUGAGUACUCGCCGGGAAUUCUUGUUCAGCACCCUGCUCCUGAAGAUUGCCCAAUCCAUGGGGACAACUAUCUCAAUGGGGUCUUGAGACCCGGCCGACGGUUACUAGAUUCAGUGGUAUUGCGAUAUGCAGACGCUAACAGGCGACACUUGCAAGAUGAUUUUCCUUCCAAUGGGCGAUUUAGAAUUCUUUUAUUCACAACAUUCGAUCUUUGUGAGAAAGACGGCAGUUCAUCUCAGGCUGUAAAUUGGAUUUGUCAAGAUUUAAUGCCCGUGUUCCCAUCCUCCACUAUCGAACUAGUCGUGCUCCAUCCUUUCUCAGAAAGGAAGUUUGAAUGGGGGGAUAUCCAGCCAUCGAUCAAGAAGUAUGCGGAAAUGAAAUUCCACGGUCCAGCGGAUGAAGGGCUAUACGCAACGUACGGAGUUAAUGAUCGUGUGGGUGCCGCUGCUGUCAUUCGGCCAGACGGCUAUGUUGGCAUAGUCACAUCUCUUCAAGGGAUUUCUCAGAUGGAAGAAUACUUGAUUCGUUGCUUAGUUAAAGUUGAACGUGAUCAACUGUCUCCUCGUGUAUGAAUAAAACAAUUAAUACGUUG